UUUCCAGACGUAGACGAAGAGUUGGCGCAACUUCAGGCGGCGAAGAAGAAGCUGGCCGAGAACGAUGGAGUUCCCCUCGGGGCUGGCGAGAACACUCCAUACAUGGAUCGGCAGCUGUACAACUCAAACAAGAAUAGGUUCGACGGCUACGUGACCUCCAUCGCGGCCAAUGAUGAUCUGGACGCCGACGACGAUGAUAUGGAAGCUCAGCCUGCGAACAUCCAGGCUCCUCGGAAGGUCAAUGCUCAGAAGUUCCUCGAAGAGGUCACCGACAAGAGCUACGAUCCGUUCGCGGACAAGCGCGUCGCCCGCAUCGCCGAUCGCGAGGACGAGUACCGCGCCCAGCGCAGGAAGCUCCAGAUAUCACCCGAGAGAAUAGAUCCCUUCGCAGAUGGAGGGAAAACUCCCGACAUGCAGUCGCGCACCUAUGCGCAUAUUAUGAAGGAACAGGCUCUGCGUCGCGGCGAAGGGAACGACAAGAAAGUUCCCGAGUCGAAGAGUGAGUCGAAAAACGGCGGGGAGCCCGAGAAGAAGAAAAGACGGUGGGACGUUCAAGAAACGCCUUCGUCUGGUCCAAAGAAACGCAUCGGAGGAUGGGAGCAAUCAGAGACCCCGUCUCGGACGCCUUCAGUCAUGACCCAGCAAGGUCCACAGGAGAAGUGGGCGGAAACGCCCGGUCGGCUCCCCGUCGGAGCUGAAACCCCUGUCCAAGCUCCAAGAAUGUGGGAAGCGACUCCAGCCCAUCAGACCCCUGGUCACGCAACGCCGGGAGCUGAGACCCCGGGUCACAAAGCGUCAACCCGACGCAAUCGCUGGGACGAGACACCGCGAACUGGAGAAACGCCGAGUCACUCGGGUUGGGCAGAAACUCCGCGAGUCGACGGCUCCAUCGACAAACUGGAGGCUGCGGCGGCAGCGGCGGCCACUCCGUCUUCUAAGCGGCGCUCCCGAUGGGACGAAACUCCUUCGGCAGCGACGCCGUCUAUGACGCCGUCAGCGGGAGCCGCGACUCCUUCGAUGACUCCGGGACAAAUGACACCGGGAGCGAUGACGCCGUCGAUGACUCCCUCGCAGGUUUUCACUCCCGGAGGGUCGACGCCAAUCGGGGAGAAGGCCGCCGCUCUAAGAACGCCAGCCGCGCACAUGAUUCCAAUGACACCGGAACAGAUGCAGAUGUUCCGUUACGAAAAGGAAAUCGAUGAGCGCAAUCGUCCGAUGUCCGACGAAGAGCUGGAUUCGUUGUUCCCUCCGGGCUACAAAAUCCUGCCACCGCCCUCGGGAUACAUACCGAUCCGAACACCAGCGAGGAAACUCGCUGCAACACCAACUCCCCUGGGAGGCUUGGGUCCGGGAGGAGGUUUCUUCUUCCAGAAGGACGAGCCGGUGAAAAACGUCGACACGCAGCCGAAAAACGCCUCGCUGCCUCCUCUCAAACCCGAGGACAUGCAGUACUUCGACAAGCUCCUGACCGACGUCGACGAAGACCUUCUGUCUCCGGAAGAAUCCAAGGAACGGAAAAUCAUGACGCUCCUCCUCAAGAUCAAGAACGGAACGCCGCCGAUGAGGAAAUCGGCGAUGCGUCAAAUCACAGACAAGGCUCGCGAGUUCGGCCCCGGCGCUCUCUUCAACCAGAUUCUGCCGUUGCUCAUGAGUCCCACGCUAGAAGACCAAGAACGGCAUCUUCUGGUCAAGGUCAUCGACAGAGUGCUGUACAAGCUCGACGACUUGGUUCGUCCGUAUGUCCACAAAAUACUUGUGGUCAUUGAGCCGCUCCUCAUCGAUGAGGACUACUAUGCCAGAGUCGAAGGAAGAGAAAUCAUUUCCAAUUUGGCGAAAGCCGCAGGUCUCGCGACCAUGAUCUCAACAAUGAGACCCGAUAUCGACAACAUUGACGAGUACGUCAGAAAUACGACAGCAAGAGCGUUCGCAGUUGUCGCAUCUGCGCUCGGUAUUCCGGCUCUUUUACCUUUCCUGAAAGCCGUUUGUAAGUCGAAAAAAUCGUGGCAGGCCCGUCACACCGGAAUCAAAAUUGUUCAACAAAUCGCUAUCCUGAUGGGGUGCGCUAUCCUCCCUCAUUUGAGAUCUCUCGUUGAAAUCAUCGAGCACGGUUUGGUUGAUGAGCAACAAAAAGUCAGAACGAUCACGGCCCUGGGACUCGCUGCACUCGCCGAAGCAGCCACGCCGUACGGUAUCGAGAGUUUCGAUAGUGUUCUGAAACCUCUGUGGAAAGGUAUCCGUACCCAUCGCGGCAAAGGACUCGCCGCCUUCCUGAAGGCCAUCGGUUAUCUCAUUCCGUUGAUGGACGCCGAGUACGCGAAUUAUUAUACUCGAGAAGUGAUGUUGAUUCUGAUCCGAGAGUUCCAAUCGCCGGACGAGGAGAUGAAAAAGAUCGUGCUCAAAGUGGUGAAACAGUGUUGCGCCACGGAUGGUGUGGAAGCUCAGUACAUCAAGGACGAAGUCCUUCCGCACUUCUUCAGACAUUUCUGGAAUCAUCGCAUGGCUCUCGACAAGAGGAACUACAAGCAACUCGUUGACACCACAGUCGAGAUCGCCAACAAGGUCGGAGCUGCUGAGAUCGUCAACCGGAUCGUAGACGACUUGAAAGACGAAAACGAGCAAUACCGAAAAAUGGUUAUGGAAACCGCGGAGAAGAUCUUGGGAAAUCUUGGAGCGGUCGAGAUCGACUCGCGUCUGGAAGAACAGCUCAUCGACGGUAUUCUGUACGCCUACCAAGAACAAACCUCUGAGGACAUGGUCAUGCUCAACGGUUUCGGCACCAUCGUCAACGCUCUCGGGAAGCGAGUCAAGCCGUACCUACCUCAAAUCUGCGGAACCAUCCUGUGGCGUCUGAACAAUAAGAGCGCCAAGGUUCGACAACAGGCGGCUGAUCUCGUGGCGAGAAUCGCCGUGGUCAUGAAAACGUGCGAGGAAGAAAAACUCAUGUCCCAUCUGGGUCAGAUUCUCUACGAGUAUUUGGGCGAAGAAUAUCCGGAAGUUCUUGGAUCGAUCCUCGCCGCGUUGAAAGCCAUCGUGAACGUCAUCGGAAUGUCGAAAAUGAAUCCUCCUAUCAAGGAUCUUCUGCCCCGUUUGACCCCUAUCCUGAAGAAUCGACACGAGAAAGUACAGGAAAACUGCAUCGAUUUAGUUGGCAGAAUUGCCGAUCGCGGUGCCGAGUACGUUUCCGCCAGAGAGUGGAUGCGAAUCUGUUUCGAGCUGUUGGAGCUUCUCAAAGCACACAAGAAGGCGAUCCGAAGAGCGACUGUCAACACUUUCGGAUACAUCGCCAAAGCCAUCGGACCGCAUGAUGUCCUGUCCACCCUUUUGAAUAAUCUCCGAGUACAGGAGCGUCAGAAUCGUGUUUGCACAACCGUCGCCAUCGCUAUCGUGGCCGAAACCUGUUCCCCGUUCACCGUUCUCCCUGCUCUGAUGAAUGAAUACCGGGUGCCUGAGAUGAACGUGCAGAACGGUGUCCUCAAAUCAUUGUCGUUCCUCUUCGAGUACAUCGGCGAAAUGGGCAAGGAUUACAUCUACGCGGUGACACCUCUUCUUGAAGAUGCUCUCAUGGACCGCGAUCUCGUCCACCGACAAACAGCAUGCUCAGCUAUUCAGCACAUGAGUUUAGGCGUUUACGGAUUCGGUUGUGAAGAUGCUCUGACGCAUCUUCUGAACUACGUCUGGCCGAACAUUUUUGAAACGAGUCCGCACUUGAUCCAAGCUUUCCACGGAGCGGUCGAGGGCAUGCGAGUAGGACUCGGGCCUGCACGUAUUUUGCAGUAUUGUCUCCAAGGACUGUUCCAUCCGGCGCGGAAAGUACGUGAUGUAUAUUGGAAGAUCUACAACUCUCUGUACAUAGGAUCCCAGGAUGCUUUGGUUGCAGCAUAUCCGCGAGUGCCGAAUGAUGGACCUAACCGCUUUGAACGAUAUGAACUUAGCUAUGUACUCUGAAAAAAUUACAGCGAUAGAGUAACGUCAUUGUUUACUUCAUGUACUAUAAUAAAGCAACCGGCGAAA